AUGGACGGCAACGUGGUGGAGUGCGGCGCGCCCGCGUUGGGCGUGCUGCGCGACGUGCAGCGCGCCUACCGGGACCGCCUCGCGCUCGUCGACCGGAUUGGAGGCUCGAAGAAACUACAGAUGAAAGUUGAAGUGUUAGAGUCAUGGGUGAGCGACUUGGUUGCACAAAAUACGCUGCUAGCGAGCACUAUUGAGGAGCUGGAGACGGAAGUGACCUCACGUCUUUUGGAGAAAAGACGCCAUGCUGAGAUAGAGAUUGAGCUUCGCGCUGAAGCGGAUACCUUGCGCAGGCAAUUGGUUCGGAAGGACUCAGACCUGCGCGGACUGCUGGAAGUGUUGCGGCGUCUGCGCGAGUUCGAUUUCUACGCGAUUGACGGUAUACACUUCAAUGAAGUCACCGAGUCCGAUAUAUUUGGAUCUGUUUUGUGGCAACACUCGAAGCUGGAACAGGGGGAUAACAAAACAGCGAACGAACGGCAAGGAUCGAAGAAGGAAAUACGAAGAUUAAAUAAGGACUUGCAACAUUACGAACAAACAAUAAUGUCUUUAAGAAAUGAGCUUUCCGUGAAUAGUUAUCAUACUCCCGAUAUUCCAAAAAAAGAUGCAGAAGUGAUGGCUGAUAUUAGCACUCAAAACAGACGGGAGUGUGAUGACGUGGAGCCGGUGAAAGAGUCCGAGUUGGCGAUUGGUGAGCACCCGGUCUACCAGGAACGCAUGCAGCAGCUGGAACAUAGCGCGAAGUUGAGCAGCGAUUUUAGAAGUCUUCGUCAUGAAAAUGUGGCUCUGCGUGAGAAGCUGAGCGCAAUGCAACGCGUGUGUGUGGCGCUGGACGAACAGUGCCGCGUAGCGGCGGUACGAGCACAGUUCAAAGAUGAUGUCAUACACGAGAUGCGACGCCAAUUACGACAGACUAAGGCAAAAUCUCCAUCGCCCCCAAUUCUCAUAUCAGACAGUUCGGUAGAAGAACUUGAUGAAGCGGCGUGCGAUUGUGCUCCUUGUCCCUUCGCUUCGGAUAAAGGUACCGGUAAGGUGGAAAGUAGCUCUUCAGAAAAUGUUGGAAAAUUAAAUUCUGGGGAAAUCGAAGCUACGCGCGAACGGGAUGUUUCAAAGCGACAUCAGGAUAGCAUAGUCAGCAGCGUCGAGACGGCUGCGAGCGACGCGGUGCGUACGCGCUCGCUCGAAAACAAAUUGAUGGCAACCAUGCUAAUACUCAAGAACAAGGAAGAGACUAUACGUGUGCAGGCUGAAAGCUUGUCACUGGCGGAGGCUCGCAUUGCUGCUCUGAACUCCAAGUGUCACCAAUCUGCUAGCAAGCUGCAUCAAGCACAACAGACAAAUCCUUUGAAUACGAUGAGGAGUUCAGCUGAUGGUAACCAAGUGGAGAUGGCUGAUGUAUCAACGACGGUAGCGGAUUCGAAUAUCGUGAACACACUCAGAGACAAUUUGUCCGUGAUCGAAGAGUUCUACAGGGAAUGCUUUUAUGAAACAGCAAAACAGGAAGAGCUGAUAACAAUGCUGCGAAGGUCGUACUUGGAUAUGAAACUCGUGGAGCGUCAAAAAUCUGACCAGAUAGAUUUCCUGCAGAACACCUUGAAAUCACAAAAGAGUUCGAUUGAGCGUUACGAGGACAUUGCAAUGGAAGUGGAAAAUUUGAAAACAGAAAUAUCGAAUUUUCUAAACAACUCGACGAAUAAUGAUUCGGGCGUGUGGGGCUGCGAGCCGGCGGCCGAGCUGCGCGACAUCGCGCGCCAGCUGCGCCGCCUGCACGACAUGCUGCGGACCGAUUGCAUUUGUGGAUUGGGCGAGGAAAAUGUCGAAUUGAAACGAAGAAAGGAAUCAAUGGAGAUCCAGAUAGGAGAGUUGCGGCAGCGAGUGUGCGGCUUGGAAGCCGCGUUAGAAGAUAAGACGAACAUGGACCAGCAGUACUCAAAGCAGAUUGAAGAAAAAGAGAAGGAGCUUCACCGCAUCAGGCAGCAACUGGCGGCGCUGGAGCAAGGGUCACAGGACCGAGGCUCCGCCUGCGACACGCUUACAUUUCAACUGAAACGCCUCGAAGCCAUGUUAAACGAUAAAUCAGCUGAAUUGCUGAACACCCAGCAGCUGUGUGAGUCGCACGAGGUCACGAUAAGAGAUCUUCGAGCGCAGCUACAUAAAGCCGAUCUCAUUGUUACUGAGAAUCAGCAAGUGCGGGCAGAGGUGUCGUCACUCUCGGCACAAGUGACGCAGUGGCGAGACCAGCUCGCUGAAAGUCGCCGCAGGCUGCGCGCGCUCGAGGACGAGCUGCGCCGCGCCACCGACCACUGUCGACAUCUUGCCACGCAUUACAGAGAGAAGGCGGAGACGGCGAGCACGCUGCAGGCGCAGCUGGCGGAGGCGCAGCAGCGCGGCGCCGAGCUGUGCGCGGAGGUGCAGCGCGCCGUGCGCGGCGUGCGGCGCUGUCUCGCCGAGCAGCGCGCCCGCCGCCGGUGA